AAAAGACCCCAAAUCCUUUUCACCAAAAAAGAAAAAGAAAAAAAAAAACCCCCAAAUCCUUCAUCUCCUAUUUCUUCUUUUCUAAUAAGAUCGGAGGUGGCUCUUGAUCUAAAAAGAAAAUUCAUAUUGGAGCUCACCACCGCAAAAUCAAAACUGCCAUAUGAGAGUCAAUUGAGCUCGGAAAACAAAGCUCCGCCGUCGGAUUACUGUCGACGAAACAAAGCUCCGCCUCCCCUAAAAGCCGCGACUUCACUCCAACACUCCUCCUGCCAAGUCGCCGCCGAACUCAAUGCUGGUGAAUCCAGCGGAGCUGAUUGUGCUCAGAAGGAAAUCCAAGCACCUGUGGAGAAAUUACUAUUUGAAGUGGAGAGAGUUAGGAUUUGAUUUGUUCCCACUCAACAGAGAUCGGAAGGUUAGGUGUUUUUUUUUUUUUUUUUAGUUUGUGGCCAGUUUUUUAAAACUACAGGCGUCUUUUUGUGGUGGCCUCUUGAUUGAAUCAUGUAAUCAUGAUUUUGAAACCUAAAUCAGGAACAGACACAAUAGAAGGAAUUUGGGUAAAAGGGUGAAAUCUGAAAACUCAAAACACACACCAUUAUCCCC